UUUCCGGUCCGGUGGGUGUAGAAACAUGGCGGCGCCCGCAGUUGGGAGCAGUGCUUCUACUAAAGUCCUGCGGGUCCUGGCCCUGCACGGCUACUGGCAGAAUGAGCACAGCUUCCGGGAGAGGACGGGGGCCCUGAGGAAGAACCUGAAGAACCGCGCGGAGCUCGUCAUGAUCAGCGCCCCCCUGACUAUCCCAGAGCCGGACCCUGAAAAAGGAGACGUCCAGAGAGAAGACCCCAGAGGCUGGUGGUUCUCCGACCCUGAGAAGAAUAGUUUUAAUGCCCUGGAGGAGACCCAGUCAUGUGCAGUUGAGGAAUCCCUGGACGCUGUGGCCAAGGCUUUUUCUGAACUUGGACCCUUUGAUGGCAUUUUAGGUUUUAGCCAAGGAGCCGCUUUUGCGGCCAUGCUGUGUGCAUUAAAGCAGGAAGGAGAUCUCCGCUUCCAGUUUGACUUUGCCAUACUGGUUGCUGGUUUCAAAAGCCGGGCAUCUGACCACACCCGUUUCUACAAAGAUCCUAUCACCGUCCCGUCACUUCAUGUUUUUGGUGACACGGAUCGUGUUAUCCCAGGCGACCUGAGCCAGGAGCUAGCCGCACACUUUGUGAACCCGGUCCUGCUGACACACUCAGGAGGACACUACAUCCCAGUGUGCGCGGCGCAGAAGAAAGUCUACUUUCCGUUCUUGGACUCUUUCAGAAGAUGACACAUUUCAAUACGCGACCUGGAAGACUUGAGAAUGGGGUGAAGUAACGCAAUGUCAUGAUGGUAGCAGGGGAAAAAAAUUGCAAAUUAAAAUAAAAAUUAUCCCUGUAUUGAACCGAAUAAAACAGGGAGAGCGAAAUAGGUUAUUAACCUGUUCAGUGCUGCAAGUCGCUUUUGUCAUAUAUUCUAGCAAUCAUGGAGGUUGUUCUGUACCCCUGGCAUUUCCAUCCCAUGCUUUUACUGGUUUGUUAGCGUCGUUCCACAUCCAUCCGUAUGUCUCCAGGAUCCCCGGUUUCACAUGAAGGGACGGCCAUGCUUCAGACAUGAUCACAUCUAUCAUAGGGGCAGCUUCACUAAUACAUGUAAUGCUCGUCUCCAUCCCCUCCCCUUUAAAAGCUUAUUUAAAGGUUCAUUUCCCCUUGGCAAUUAAAACUGAACGUUAAAUGUCAGCUGUGUACAAACCACCGAUGUGAAAAAUGAGAGGUCAUUUGUGAUGGGCCGUUGCUUUAAACCCGUUCAGGCACCAUAGGGUCAGAAAAAAGCUCAGGUAACAUUUUGAUUUCAAGCUGUUUCUUCAGGAUAAUGAUAUUUUGUUUUAAUUAAUUCAUGUAUAUUAGUGAAUUUUAUGCUAAGGAAAAUGUAACAGGGCACUCUCCAGUUAAAACAUGUUGAAAGAAAUGAUUCCACAAAUUAUAUUUGUAUUUGACAGCAGUGAUCUUGCUUUUUCGAUCAUUAAAACAUA